GCUUCUAUUGUCUCCAUUAAGUAACUCAUGUCCAUUAUCUCAUGCUCUACCCUUGGGAUCGUGGUCUUGCCUUUCACUGCACUGGUAUCAAUUCUGGACUUAUCUUCCACAGCACUAGCAUUAGUCCUAGCAUCACCAGCAAUGAGAUUGAUCUCAUCAAGUUUAACACUCUUCUCCUUCACGGGUUCACAGCUUCACCAGUUCACCUCUUUUUUCAGCUUUCAACAGACGAAUCCACUAGCAAGAUGGAUAAAGAUGAGAUGCAGCAUAUUGACACUAAAAAUGAAGGUGAAGACAUUGACUUAAAAGAUAAACUUGAUGAACGGGCUAAACUUCCUCCGCCAAAGAAGUCUAAGUCUAAGACUAAGACAAAUAAUAAAAACAACAAAAGGAGGAGGACUUCAAGUGUUUGCCAUUUCUUUCAGAUGCUUCCUACAAAAGAUGGAGAAAAGCCUAUUUGCAAAUGCAAAAAGUGUGGAAAGGAAUAUAUUGCUGUUGGAGUAUAUGGUAUUGGAAAUUUGAAGCGCGCCAUUUGAACGUAUGUUGAAUAAGAAUGAGCACAAAGAAGACACCUCUUCAAUGGAACCCUCAAUCUCUUCUAAUACAAUCUCUUAAUUUGGAUGUCUUUUAGUUGGACUUAAAUUUUGCCAUCAUGCAUAUUUUCUUAUGCCAUGUAAUCCUUUUGGUUUUCUGAUCUUAAACUAUGAUUUCUUUUAGUUUUUGAUAUGGCACUUGGAUGCCAUGUAAAAAAUUGUUUUUUUUUUUUUUUUAAAUAUAUUUUAUUAUGGAACUUUGACAUAUUAUUGAAUUUGAUAGAAUGGAUUGGAACCUUUUGGACUAGUAAUUUGAUUUUGAAGGAAGAAAAGAA